GAGGUGACCAACCCAGAACAGGGAGUAAGAAGUCUCUGCAUGUCAGUUUUGCGUUCGCCAAAGUGAAACACUUCAAUCACGAUGGCGAUACGAUUACAGAAGAGCAUUUCGACAUUGAGCCGUUGCCUCCAGAGUCCCCUAGCAGUCAGCAUGUGGCAGUACUACCAUUAAUACUACUACGAAAAGAAAAUCUGUUAUCAUUAUCAUGCUUUUCUUCUUCAGAAACUUGAUAAUGAUAACAGAUUUUCGUUUCAUAACUACAAAAAGAAUAUAGUAGCCGGUUAAUUUUUCCCUCAUUUUCAUCCUGGGUUAGUCCCUCCAGCAAUCAAUGCAUAGAGAUAGACACUUAAUACUAUUUUUUCGACAGACACUUAAGUUCUACGACUAUUUCUACAACAGCUGCUAUGAGAUAGAAUUUUUGUUGACAGAGCUUUUUCUGUUUCUAUUUCGAUGACAGGAGCGCUUUGUUGGUAGAUUACUAGGGCAGUGCUAGUAUCGAAAAGAAUGAGAUUGAAGAGAUGUCUCCUUAUUAUGACGUAGAAGAAGCCUCCACGUCGUUUUAUGAUAAAUUUUAUCCUUGAACAACUGACCUCGUACUUCGUGUUGAAAUUUUGAAUUAAAGUACCCGUGAACAACUGAGGUCGGCAAUGAAUAUAAUGAAUUAUUUCAGCACCAGCAGUAUAUGUGGGAUGAGGAGAACAGCGAGGAAUUUCCAGCGAUCGGAGAUGCUUUUCUUGGAAAGGCACGGUCGCCAGUAAAACCAAGUAAAAUACGUCGCGACUCGAUUGGAAAUUUAGC